AUGUUGAUGCUACAAAGGCCCCCCUACGACCAGGGCUAUAACAUGUACAGCUAUGUCACCGAGGAGCUGCCCAAGACCGUUUUUGCUGCUUUCCCACAGCUAGACUCCAACCGCGUCAGCAUUACUGGUCACAGCAUGGGUGGACACGGUGCUCUCACUUUGUUCCUCCGCAAUCCUGGCAAGUAUAAGUCCGUUUCGGCAUUCGCUCCUAUUACCAACCCGAUCAACUGCCCCUGGGGCCAGAAGGCUUUCAAGGGUUACUUCGGUGAUGACCAGCAGGCGAAGUGGAAGGAGCAUGAUGCUACUGAGCUGAUUAAGAAGUGGUCUGGUGGUCCUCUUGAUAUCUUGAUUGAUGUGGGCACUGGCGACAACUUUUUCAAGCAGGGUCAACUCCUCCCCGAGAACUUUGAAGCCGCCGCUAAGGAAGCCGGUCUGAGUGGAUUGAACGUCCGCUACCAGCCCGACUAUGACCACUCGUACUACACGAUGGCAUCCUUUGCCGAUGAUCACAUUGACCAUGCGGCGAAGUAUCUUCUUGCAUAG